AUGUUCAAUAUUCUCAUUAGUUUUUCUCUAUUAACAUAUAUUGCUAUCGGAAAAUACACAAGUUUAGACGAAUGUCCAUUGCCUAAACAGUUGAAAACAAAUUAUGAUUUUGAUUAUACACAGCAACGAGGUGAAGAACAAAAUUCAGAGAGUGGAACAUAUUUUUUUCGUUUGGCUCUCUCCUGGUCACCAUCAUUCUGUGAAGGUAUAUUAAAUGAACAACGUCGAAAAGAUUUAUUUCAAUGUCAACAUAAUUUUGGUUUGAUUGUACACGGUUUAUGGCCUCAGGCACGAAAUGCCGGUAAUAAAGUGAGUCGUCAUCCCCGAAAUUGCCGAAAUGACCCACAAAUUGAUCCGAAAACAAUACAAGAAUACUUUUGUAUGAUGCCAUCGGAAACAUUGAUGCAAGCCGAAUAUGAGAAACACGGUAGUUGCUAUUGGUCAUCGGCAGAACACUAUUUUCAUCGAGCAAAAACAUUGUUUCAAAACUUGCGACAGCCAGAAAAUAUGGAACAAUUAGCGAAUCCUGCAGGUGCGACUAAGGCUAUAAUUAAACAAGCGUUUAUGAGUAUCAAUCCGGGCUUAAAACAACAAGACAUCGUUGUUCAAGUGGUGAGAAAAACGAAAAAACUCAAAGAAAUAGUUGUGUGCUACGAUCUUGAAUAUAACUAUACUAAUUGCAAUCAAUAA